ACACUCCUUACAUCCAGUUUGCUCGGAUCGAUCCACUCCCAGUUCUCCUCCUGCAGACGUGGUGGUACGAACUGUGAAUGGUCUGCCUCAGUCUGCUGAAACCGAGUCAUUAAUGCCGACUGCUACUUAUCCAUCCAUUGUGCACCCCGGGGCGAUUGUAUCAAUGUUACAUCUCAUUGCCAUGUUGGACCAACAGUGCCCGGAAGAAAAGGAGUCGAGCGAUGAUUCAUCCUCCAAGCUGGAUUGGGAAGGCACACAACUACAGUAUUGUCUCUUGGAUGUCAUCAAUCAACUGUUUGGAAGCGAACGGAAUCAACAAUUGAUGUGUUCAGUAGCCAUGCCCCGGGAAUUACUCACCUUAUUUCCGCGGGCAUUGGCUCAGGAGACCGCUCCGCUUCAUUCGAGGGUUCAGUGUUUAUUUGAAUCACUUGUGACGCAAGCGCUCACUCCGAAUGAUUUAAGGUGA